GACAGCUGACUGAAAAUCAAUGAAGUGUACUCUAAAAAGCUUCACAGUGGUGCAAGAUAAGGCUUAAAUCUCUUCUCCCUGCAACUAGACUGCCAGCUGUUAUGGUUUAGAAUUAUUUUUGUGUUUUCGAUGGAAGUGGGUUAUCUAUAAACAUCCAAAAUAUCCAGCAGGAGGACCGGCUGUGGUGAUGAGGUUCUUAGAUGUCAUUAAACUGCCCCUCCUUUUUUGUGCUCAUGGUUCAGCUUUCACUGUGUUCAGUUCAUUUGCUGAGAAUGAAGAUGCCCUUUUACGACACUUAUUUCGUGGGUAUCAGAAAUGGAUUAGGCCAGUAAAACAUGCUAAUGAUACUAUAAAGGUAUAUUUUGGACUGAAGAUCUCUCAGCUUGUGGAUGUGGAUGAAAAGAACCAGUUAAUGACCACUAAUGUAUGGCUCAAACAGGAAUGGAUCGACCAUAAAUUGUGCUGGAAUCCUGAAGAUUAUGGCGGUAUCACUGCAAUUCGGGUUCCAUCUGAAUCUCUCUGGCUCCCUGAUAUUGUUUUAUUUGAAAAUGCUGAUGGGCGCUUUGAAGGUUCAUUAAUGACAAAAGCAAUAAUUAAGUACAAUGGGAUUGUAGUGUGGAGACCUCCAGCCAGUUAUAAAAGUUCCUGCACGAUGGAUGUGACCUUCUUCCCAUUUGACAGGCAGAAUUGCUCCAUGAAAUUUGGAUCAUGGACCUAUGAUGGCAGCAUGGUUGACCUGAUCCUAGUGGACGAAAAUGUGGAUAGGACAGACUUUUUUGAUAACGGGGAAUGGGAAAUCCUAAAUGCUAAAGGAAUGAAAGGAAACCGAAAAGACGGAUUAUAUUCCUACCCAUUCAUCACCUAUUCCUUUGUUUUAAGACGCCUUCCGCUGUUCUACACACUUUUCUUAAUAAUCCCAUGCCUAGGACUAUCUUUUUUAACCGUGCUUGUUUUUUAUUUGCCUUCGGAUGAGGGAGAGAAACUAUCACUCUCGACCUCCGUUUUAGUUUCGCUGACGGUUUUUCUCCUGGUCAUCGAAGAAAUCAUCCCCUCUUCCUCCAAAGUCAUACCCCUGAUUGGCGAAUACUUGUUGUUCAUCAUGAUUUUUGUCACACUGUCAAUCAUUGUGACAAUUUUUGUGAUUAACGUGCACCAUCGCUCCUCGGCCACCUACCAUCCCAUGGCUCCCUGGGUGAGAAGACUUUUCCUUCAGAAACUGCCCAGACUGCUCUUCAUGAAAGGACACGUAGAUCGCUGUGCUUUCGCUGAUCCCGAAGGAACUCUAAAACCAAAGCUGAGAAAGUAUAAACACAAACAAUUGAAAGAUGGAGAAAAGGUGGUGGUUGCCUUCUUGGAAAAAACUGCCGAUUCCAUUAGAUAUAUCUCCAGGCAUGUCAAAAAGGAGCACUUCAUUAGGCAGGUAGUGCAAGACUGGAAGUUUGUAGCUCAGGUUCUUGACCGGAUCUUCCUGUGGCUAUUUUUGGUGGUGUCUGUGAUCGGGUCUGUUCUUAUAUUUACUCCUGCUUUGGAGAUGUGGUUUCACAGCGGUUUGUAGAAAUAAAAUCGGUUAUGUAAGAAUCACCUGGAGGAAGAAAAACAAAAGAUCAAGAAACCUGGUUAGGUAACAUUCAGUGUGCACAGAAUCAAGAGGAAUGUUACUGACACCAAACUAUGCUGGGCAGAUUCAGAUCAAGUUUUAGAUCAAAUCUUUUAGCUACUAAGAUCAUGAAAUGGGCAUGGAUUGCACAAAUGACUACUUUCACCUUUAUUUAUUGUAUUUAUAGGCAUUUAUCUGUUUACCAAAAUGCUAUAGACAACAGAUAAAAAUAUAAAUAUAAGAAUAUAAGAGUAUUAUGUACUGUAUGUUCAUCACCUUGAGCUAUUUAUAAAGUAAUAAGGGCAGGAUAAAAUGAAAUCUAAUAAAUAAUAAAUAAAAGCAAUAUUUCAGCAUUAGAAACCUAGAUUAUUUCUUGUUUUAGUUUUCAUGACAGAUGUUGCAUGUUGUUAAACUUUAGUUCUCAUCAGCUCAAAGCAAUGAGGAUGAGAGUUAUAGUUCAGUUUAAACUGAAACAGCUUUUCCCCAAAUAAUCUUUGGAAUCUCAAAGAACAUUCCAUGAGUUGUUUCCUCAUCCUUUAUUGGAAGUUUUCCAAACUCUACUCUGACCUACCCUCUCCUUCGUGCUUCCAAAAUUUGGGUACAUGUGCAAAAAAAGGAGGGAAAUUGAUCUGUGACUGAAUUUCCAGUUUCCCAGUAGACAGAUGUAACUAAACACUUCAUUUUAAAAAGUCCCCCAUUUUUUUAAAAAAAGAGAAAAUGCUAAAUAGGUCCACAACAAUCACGAGGAAAGAUUUAUAUAACUAGAUUUUCAAUUUAUUCAGCCAUAUCUAAUAGUCAAUUUUCAGAAUUCACUUUCCAAUAUUACACUGACACCAACUCUCCUUGGAAAGGUGACAAUUUAUUGCACUGAUUUUUUUUAAAAAAAGAUAUUUGUUCAUAAGCUUUAUAAAAAGUAAAUGUUAUAAGCACAGAUUUUAUAUUUUCACACAUUAGAGAUAUAUAAAGCAUUAAUAAAAACUGAAUGUAUGCAUAUAAAUGUGAUGAGCAGCAAUGUCCCAAUACAUUUGUUUUUGAAAUGAACCUGAGGAUAUAAUCUUUUUCCAGCAGAACCUGUUCAAUUUUUGCCUUCUCGAAAGCAUCAUUUGUGCACCUCCUUGCUGUGGGAAGCGGGGAGGAAAAACAGAUACUAUUUAAAUUACUGUAACAGGCUUUGCUUCUGCUCACUCUGCUAAUACAUUUUGUGAAGCUUACAGACCAGUGUUUCUCUAUCUCAGCCACUUUAAGCUGUGUGGACUUCAACCUGCAAAAUUUCCCAGCCCAAUAUGGCUGGCCAGGGAAUUCUGGAAGUUAAAAUCUACACAGCUUAAAGUUAUUGAAGUUGAGAAGCACUGUUACAGAUUAUCAGUACUGCAGGAUCCAAUCUGGGUCAGUCA